GUGCCGCGGCAGCAGUGUGUGUAGUGAGCCGUGUGUGGUGCGCCGACCGGAGCGGUUUCAGAGCAUAGGAGAUAAGGAGCGGGACGAGUCCUCUGCCAUGGCUGAGUGGCCAACUUGUUGAUGUUGCUACUUCGUUUGUUUUGCUGUCUAUCAGGAAUGUGAAGAUGCCACAUUCUGUCAGCUCCUUCCCUACGGAAACUCUCAUCUCGAAAACCUUCUCUUUGGACUUCUUGUCUACCAGCGAACACCCUACUGAGCCGUACACAGCAGACAGCAUCGCCAACAUCAGUGGGUCCGGCAGCCUUCGCUGCACCUAUAAGGAAGACUUUAAACGUAUUUUACUCCCUGCUGUAUACACCUUUGUCUUCUUGCUCGGCCUUCCUCUCAAUGCUGCUGUCAUACUGAAGAUAUGGAGGACUGGGCCCAACCUGUCCAAAAACAACAUCUAUAUGCUAAACUUGGCCAUUGCCGACUUUCUGUAUGUGAUGUCCCUUCCUUUGCUCAUCUACAACUAUGGCAGUCAUGACUACUGGCCCUUUGGGGAGCUUGCCUGUAAGCUGGUCAGGUUUCAGUUCUACAGUAACCUGCAUGGCAGCAUCCUCUUCCUCACCUGCAUCAGUGUGCAGCGCUACGUGGGCAUUUGCCAUCCUCUCGCGAUGUGGCACAAGCAGGGCGGUCGCAGGAUGGCGUGGUUUAUCUGUGGAGGGGUGUGGCUGGUGGUCGCCGUCCUGUGUGCGCCAACUUUUCACUUUGCCGCGACGGGAAUCCAGCGAAACCGCACGGUGUGUUAUGAUUUAAGCACGCCAAAGCAUUCAGUAGAUUACUAUCCUUAUGGCAUGGCUCUGACCUGCCUCGGCUUCCUGUUGCCCUUCAUGGGCAUCAUGGUGUGCUACUGUCGGAUGGCCCACAUCCUCUGCCGCCCGGUGUCCUACCAGGGUGUCUCCAUGGCGACAGGCGAGAAGCGGGACAAGGCGGUGAAGAUGAUCAUUGUGGUGGCGGCAGUGUUCUGCAUAAGUUUCUUGCCGUUUCACCUCACCAAGACCCUGUACCUGGUGGUGCGUACUCUGCCUGGUGCGCCCUGUGAGACGAGGAACUUGUUUUCAAUCAUCUAUAAGAGCACCAGGCCGUUCGCCAGCAUGAACAGCUUUCUGGACCCAAUCCUGUUUUACUUCACCCAGCCACGCUAUCGCCAGAGCACCAGAAGGUUUGUGCUCAAAGUCACCACCCUCAGGGACAAGGGCACCAGUGUUUGAGCCACCAGAGAAUCAUAACCUGCAACAGUAUUUCUUAAAGCCUUUCAGCUACACCAGUGCUGGAGUUUUUCCCUGUCUGUUAUAAUGUAUGUUGUAGCCCUUUGGGCGUUUACCUACUAAAAGAUUAGAGGCGCUGGCAUGUCAAGAAGCCUUCUUAAAUGCAACAUGAAGGUUUUAUAAUGAGAGGGAAACAUAGACUGAGAAACCCAGGAGAAGAAAGUCCCAGAGUUGAAAAUGAAAAUCCAUUUUCUCUGUACUGAACAUGUACAAGUAAAUGCUGAUGGUGCCAUUAGCAGACCUGGGUAUUGACAUCCUGCAUUGUCCUCGUUACCUGUGAAAUGUUUUCUUUCAGUCUCCACUGUGCACUAGGAGGGAAAGGAGAAACUUUAUUUAGUUUUUUUGUUUUUAAUUUUUGUUUCACACUGUGAACUGCAGUAUAAUAGAAAUGACAAGUGUCUCCACAGUUUAUACAGAACUAAAGACGAAAGAUAAGAGUGAGAUAUAAAUGAUGAAAGAGAGAAGAAACAAAUUACGUUUUGGGAUAAAAUCCACUAUGGCUCAAAGCCAUGUAAAAUGCACAAAGCAAUUGUUAAAUGUUUGAUGACUGCAUGGUAGAACUGCAUGAAGCACUUGAGUGUAAUGAACUUGUGCUGAGGUGAAACAUGCCUCAUAAACAAAAGAUUGCAAAUACAUAGCAGGUGAAGAGGAACAUGUGUGUGCAUUUGUGUGUUGAGUAAUUACUUUCAUUGGAAGGUUUCUGCUAUUUUAAUAGCUAAAAGUGACGUGUUUCAAUAUUAUCCGAGUUGUAAGGCUUGUUGUUGCAUGUUUUCACCACUGGAUGGCGUGUGAACCCCACUGAUAUACCCCCACUGCACUGAAAUGCUGAUUCCAUUCUUUCUAAAAAUGUCAUGGUUAUUAACAUAGUACCCUGUAAGGACUAGAUCUUAGCUGCUACAAUCAGAGAUAAACUGAUGCCAACAAAUCUUAAAUGCCCAGCUCAUACCUCCCUAAUAUAGGUCCAUGUUUUUCUCCGUAUGUUGUUUAAUUGUCCAGUAAACAAAGGCAAUUUAUUUUGAAGUGUUUGCUAAUGUUAAUAAGUCCUUAUCAGGUGCAUUAGCUGCUCAGAGGGAAGGAAAAACGCAAUUUAUGGACUUUAGGGUCAAGUCUAAAUAAAGGCUCAGCCCUGUGGUUUUCCACUUCCUGUGAGCAUGUGAACACUUCCCAUGAAAUGAUCUCUGCUGAUGGAGGUUUGGUGUUAUAGAGAUGAGAGAAUGAAGAGUUAAUAAUAGGGACUAGAGAUGCUAUACAUGUGAAUUGUUUAGUACUCAGUCCCGUUUUGAUCACUCUAAGCAGAUACAGUACAAUCUGAAUUUGUACAUUCUAUACAGUGGAGGAAAUUUUCAUUUUAAACUUCCCCCUAUUCUUAUGGAGUUACACCAAGUAACUGGAUUACUGAGUUUAUGAUUUGGUCUGUAAUGUUCAUGAAAUGAACAUAAAUGCAGAUGGCAUUGUGAAUGUGCAUACUGAUGUGGAAUCGUUUGUUGUACUCUAUUUCUCUGUAUAUAUGUAUAUGUAUAAAUAUACCUUCAGUGGUCUUAUUCCUGUAUGGCUUAAUAGAUCUUGCAUGAAUUUGACCUGAUUUUACAUUGCACUUAUACAAGUAAUUGUGGCAUUUAUCUGGUACACUUACUGCUAACAUGAAUGAAUCCUGAUUGUAAAAUGUGCCUGGGGUGCUUAGUUUAAUACUGAAUGUGGUAACCAAGUAACUAAGUGUCUUUUAAUCCAUAACUUACACCAGGCUCUCUCAGCCUUAAGCUCAGGAGUUUAUGUGGCCCUCUCUGACAUGACAAUUUGAUGUUAAAUUAAACUGAAAUUACAAAAGUAAUCUUUAUUUCAGAUGUGAAACGAGUUCAAUUUGCCAACAGUUUUAAAGAUCUAAAGUCACUGUAACCGAUUUUGUGUAUAUUGCUUCAAUGUGAACACAUGAUUUUUGUGCCUUUUAAAGGCAAGGAACAAUUUGACUAAAACUAUGAGAUCAUGUGCUUAAACUUGUUUGGAACUUCUUAAUGCAUGUGUGUCUGUCCAGCGUGCAUAUUCAUUGAUGUAUUAAUACACUGAGUCCUGUGUUCCAGCAGAAAGGUCUUGUUGUUUAUGUGUCUGCUUGGUUGAAUAUUUGUGAUGUCUGAUUUAUUUUUAUAGUUCCACAACUGUCUGAAACAUUUGUGGUCAGUUUAGAGAGAUCCAGAUGUCUGUGCACUGUGCCAACAUACUUGUGUCAAUCAGUAUUAUUUAGAAGAACUCUUAUUUUUGUAAAAUACUGUAACACAGAAUAGUAUCAGAAAUUUUAUUUUUAUUACAGAAAUAUAAAUAUGUUGAUUAAAAAGUAACGUUUAUGUUUUUAUGUAUUUUAGUUUUUUUUUAGUUAUUUGUGAAAAUGUUUUGGAUGUUGUCAUUAUGUAAAACUAGCUGAGAACAGCCAUUAAAAAAAGUCACGCAGCCUUUCA